AUGGCCUUGAUUGCCAGUAUUGCUGACGGUGUUGCAUACCCAGGAGGGAAGCGCGACGAAGCAGGUGAAGUCCUCGUCCUUGUACGGAUGCUGUCGCGUAUCCGGGGUGGUUUACACGAGGUGCCAUGA